AUGAUUUUGACUCAAUAUCUAUCCUAUGCCCUAUUGGCAUUGCUCCUGCCCUCGGCGACUUUUGGACGCUCUAUUCUCUCAAUCCCCGGAGACAACAGCCAGAGCCCACUUCUGCCGUCGGGAUGUGAUGAUGGCACUGGACUUGUUGACCCAGAUGGCAAGUGCAAUGGCACCGGAGUUGUGGACGACCCAAUACCCCAUGACCGAGAAGGGUUCAAGUUCGAGAACCCAUCCACGGAUUGCAAAUAUGUGUCUCAACCACACAUUUGGGACUCGUUCAAACAUCUCGAGAAAGACAUGAGCAAGCUAUUUACGCUGAUCCACAAGAAUGUCAGCUUCACCGUCGUCGGACAUCACCCAAUCGCCGGACACUACAACGACCUAAUGCACUUCUACGUCAAUGCCCUGCGUCGAGUCAGCAUGUUGUUUUUUGACCAUGCAGAUCUGUUUGAAAUCCACCCCCAGGGAAUCUAUGGCGGGUGUAACGCUGCAUGGUCAGUGGCGGAGAUUCAGUUCAAAGGCGUGAUGAAUUCUGGUGACAAGUUCGAUAUCAUCAAUGUUUGGUUCACACGUUGGUAUCGUGGUCAGAUGGUCGAAAUCCGCACGUACAUCGACGCGCCGAAGAUCAUGGAAGCGCUGCACAAGAACGAAAUAUGGUGGAAUGGCACGACCCUCCGGGAAAACCUCUUGUAUAUGCCUGGGCCAUCGGGAAUGCCAGAUCUAAAGGAACUUGAGGGGAUGAUGAGAUAUCCGGAUGGAAGAGAAUAUGGGGAUUAA